AUGGAGGUGAGCCCUGACCUGGUGGACAGUGUGGUGAAAGCAACCUGUGUGUUGCACAACUACCUGCGCCACGGAGCAUUGGACCAAGCCCUCCAGGAGGAGCAUCAGGGCGGCAGUGAGGAAGACAACUCUGCUGCUGCAGGGAACAACAACCCCUGUCUGCUGGACCUCCAGAGGCCAAGGGGAAACCGGGCAUCUGCAGAGGCUCUGGGCAUUCGUGACACCCUUAAAAAGUAUUUCACCUCACCUGCUGGCGAGCUACCAUGGCAGUAUAGCCGUGUGCGCCGUGGACUCCAUGGAAAUCCAUUAUAG